UAAAAAUAUCAGUACGAAUUAGAUAGUCCAUUGCGUACAACGAGCGUGAAGACAGCGACUCGUUCAGUUAGAAUGAUGGGACGAACAAUAUUUUCAAUUUUUAUGCUCACAAUCAUUUGUUCCUUGGAAGUAAAAUGUGCAAAGGUCGUAAAGUCGGGAAUCGAACAGUUAUCUUUAAACGCUAAUCGCGACAGCAGGUUAUGGACCGCGAUCGGAAACAAUGGCACCCAAGAGUUCCGUGUGCCUGCCCAAGUGCCAGGGGGAAUUUACUCCGAUUUAGAUGCGUUCGGAGGAAUCUUUCGGAAUCAAAUUUAUCACGACUACAAUGACGUUGAAACGCGUUGGGUUGGUAGGACUGACUGGACCUUCACUAGGGAAUUCGAUGUGUCUAAUGAGCUAGUCAGCAAGCCUCGCAUUGUGUUAAUAUGUGAAGGAUUGGAUACAAUAGCGAGAGUUUUCAUAAACAAUAAUUUGGUUGGUCAGGGUGUGAACAUGUUUGUUCGUUACAUUUACAACAUAAAAGACGUUUUAACGUUGGGUCGAAACGAAAUUCGUGUUGAAUUCCAAUCACCGGUGCUAUAUGCCAUAAGUCAAUACAAUGCUCACAAUGUCAGCUACGGUUAUCCGGUUCUGCCGAAUAACCUAGUUCCAGAAUAUCGGGGUGAAGAUAAAGCGCAAAUGAUAAGGAAAAUGCAGUCGUCGUUUUCAUGGGAUUGGGGACCAUCAUAUCCAAGCUCCGGCAUUUGGAAAGAUAUAUACAUCGAAGGUCGAGAUGGAGCGGUGAUUAGAGACGUUUUAGUUUUCACUUCGACCAAUUCACAACAGCCGGAUGACACAGAUCAAACGACUUGGACCCUACAAGCUCGAGUUUAUUUCGACUAUAAUUCUAGAGAGGAUGAAGGUUUUCUGCUGUUACAGCGAUUGGAUGGCGAAUUUAGCGCUAGAAUUCCAGUUUCUUUCCAAAAUGAGACGCUCGUGUCUGGAUCAGUUUAUCGGGACAUUAGCAUCAGCGUUCCGGGAAGCGAGGCCAGGCUGUGGUGGCCCAACGGUUAUGGCAAUCCCACCUUGUAUCCGUAUCAAGUGACUUACACGGCUUCAGCGGGAGAUGAAACAAGCUCAAAGACAUUUAAUGUUGGAUUUCGCACUGUAGAACUGAUCCAAGAUCCGGUAGACAUUUCACGUCCUCACUUCGGAAACUACUUCUACUUCAAAGUGAAUGGCAUCAAGAUUUACUCGAAAGGUUCCAAUUCGAUACCCAUUCAUGUUCUACCGGAAAGAAUCACCGACGAGAUGACGGAAUGGCUUCUGACAUCGGCCCACAAAUUGCACACGAAUCAAAUACGCGUUUGGGGUGGGGGAAUGUAUGAAUCCGAUCUGUUCUACGAUCUGGCCGAUAAGCUCGGAAUUUUCGUCUGGGAAGAUUUCAUGUUUGCUUGUUCGAUGUAUCCAGCGAAUGACGACUUCCUUUCGACUGUAGUGGACGAAAUUGAUACACAAGUGAAACGUCUGCAGCACCAUCCUUCGCUAUUGAUGUGGGCCGCCAAUAACGAGAAUGAGGGAGCGCUACGCGAUAACUGGUACGGAACGAGAGACAAUUUUGAAGUGUACAGAACCGAUUUCGUUAAAUUGUACGUGAACACCAUAAUUCGGAAUGUGGCGUUGCUGGAUCCGUCGCGGGACUGUUUGAGUUCGAGUCCUACGAAUGGAAAGAAGACGGAGGAAGAAGGAUGGGUUUCAGAGUGGCCGGGAAAUAUUCGAUACGGAGACACACAUCCUUACAACUACCGUGACGAUAAUUGGGAUUGGAGAUGGAUGGUUUCCCGACGCAGUCGAUAUGCGUCGGAAUUCGGCUACCAGUCUUUCCCGUAUGUGGAAACGUUGAGAAAGGUUUCUUCCAAUUUCGACCAAUGGACCUGGUUCUCUGAGUUUGUCGAUCACCGUCAACAUCAUCCUGGUGGCCAAGGAGAAAUCCACGACUUAAUCCAAUCUCAUCUGCCAAUGCCAACGAAUCCCAAUUCCACCGAGGCAUUUCCGUCCAUGUUGUACAUGGCUCAGAUUAUGCAAUCGAUGGGUCAGAAAACUCAAACCGAAUUUUAUCGCCGUAACGUCGAUAAGUUUUUCGUGGAAGAAGAUGGAACAGGUUAUAAUAUGGGAGCACUGUACUGGCAAUUGAAUGAUAUUUGGGAGGGAUGUUCGUGGUCAUCAUUCGAAAUCAAUGGCAGGUGGAAAAUGUAUGCAUACUUCGCCCAGAGAGCGUUCUCACCUGUUUUAGCCUCUCCGUACAAAGACACCAAUGAAGAUGUGGCGGUAGAAGUUAUUUCCGAUUCCGUUCAACGAUACACUGGCUCACUACGAGUACGAAUCUUUAAGCUAGAUUCGCUGUCUCCAGUAUUCGAUGAAGAAUUGAGUGUAACUGCGGACUAUCUAACGUCGAAAGAACAAUUCCGAAUGACCUCAACGAUGCUCGAAACAUUGCAAUGUCAGGCGAACCAAACUGGCGCGCCAUGCUUAGUUUACACUUCAAUGCCCCAGUUACCCGAUAAUUUUGUGUUCCUCAAUUACCCAACUGACAGACACUACAUAUUAGAUCCAAAACUAAAAGCCACCGACAUACAGUCAUCAGUUGACGGCCGAACAAUCACUUUCACCCUUACGUCUGAGGCCAUUGCACCAUUCGUUUUUCUUAAUUUACGCGACCACACUAACGGACAUUUCAGCGACAAUGGAUUUGUAAUGGUCGAACGGGAAAAAGUUAUGACUUACUAUUCCAGGGAUGUCAUGACAAUUGAUGAUUUUGUCAAUCAAUUGGAUACCACGUCGUUGUUUGAUGUUACCCAAUUUGCUGAUGAUGAUCAUGACCAUGACGAUGCUGUCUCCAUUAGUGCGGGACUGGUACCCUUGGUGAUAGUGUUCGUUAUAUGCUUUUCGAACGGUUUCGUGUAAAUGUCGAUUGUAAUUGUCAUGAAAAGUUUCGAGGCGAGAUCGUCAAUAAAAGUUUUCUUAUAUCGAA